AUGGGCUUCAUAUCGUCUAUAACGCGCUCAGUGCGCAAUAACAAAAUCUCUCGCAAACUGUCUAUAUCAACUUCCAAGCCCCACCACGAAGACUCGAAAGACCUAAUCAAAAUCCCAUCCAAUGUCCCUUCUCUUACAAGAGUAGACAGUCUUGCAUCGACAAUCCGGCUCGAUGUUCAAGAAGCUACCAUUCCUACUGAGUCUCCUGCUCAUCGCAAAAGACUCACGCCUGCCGACUUGAAUCUUCAGACACUUUUCGAUAAUGCCGAGGCACUAGAUCCUGCUACUAGUCGUGCUGUGAGGGCGUUGUCUAUGCCUGAGUAUCCUAUCUUGAAGAUGGAUACUGUGAAACCACCGUUUGAUACGCCGGCGAAGAGGCUGCAGGAUCCGAUUGAUACGGGGAGAACGAAUGGGAAGAAUAUCGCACAUACGACUAGCAGUUUGAGGAAUACGAAUGGAAAUUGGAAAUCGGGGAGGAUGAGGAAAGAGCAGAGUCAAGGUCAUAGCCGGAGCCAGAGCCAAAGCCAGACUCAGAAUAAGAGUCAGAGUCAGAGUCAGAGUCAGAGUCAGAAGCAAACUGGGUCAAGGAUUAAAAGGUCCAUGACUGGGUUGCUGAAGAAAAGUACUUCGUUGAAGAUACCGCGGUCUUCUUUGUCUUUGAAGACCAUGCGGGGACCUGCUGAGCCGAAGUGGAUGGAUGGAAGAUGUAUUAGUGAGGAGGAUUUCUUGGUCGAUGAAAGGGCUGAAUUGAAAUGGUUGGAACUUAAUGGGUUGAGUAGUCGAGAUACGGAGUUUGGGGUUUGGAGGGGCAAUGGAUUUGGACGGCCGUGGUGA